AUGAGAGCGCACACUCUUAAUCUACUUCAGACGGCAACGCGAUGUAGUCGCGUGCGACCGCAGCCAAACGCGCAUCAACUCGCGAAGUGCGCAUCUCGGUGGUCUUCGACAUCAACGUCCGCAAGCACAGAGCGAAAAUGGUCAACACCACUUGCAAAGACGUUGGCUGAAGCCAUUACGACAACAGGCCCUAUAUCCGUUGCUGCUUACAUGCGGCAAUGCCUCACCCAUCCCGAAGGCGGCUACUACACGCGACAGACUAGCACUGGGCAAGACCAAUUUGGCACAAAGGGUGACUUCGUAACAUCGCCGGAGAUCAGCCAGGUGUUUGGCGAGCUGGUCGGCAUAUGGCUGUACGCGGAAUGGCUUGCGCAAGGAAAGAAAGAAAAAGUACAGAUAAUCGAAGUGGGACCCGGACGGGGAACGCUUAUGGAUGAUGUUCUGCGGACUAUUUCAAGUUUCAAGGCGUUUGCAAACAGCAUUGAAGGAAUCUACCUCAUCGAAGCGUCACCUCAUCUACAGAAACAACAAGCGAAGCUCCUCUCCGGAACCGAGGACUUGCACACAAGUGAGAUUGGGUUGACUGCGCCGUGCAAGUACAUCCCAGGGUGUAAGAUCGAAUGGUGUGAGGACAUACGCCUCUUGCCAAAGGAGGAAACAUCGACGCCGUUCAUACUCGCGCAUGAGUUCUUUGACGCCCUUCCUAUCCACAUCUUCCAAAACAUCGCACAGUCAUCCAUUCCUGCUUCCUCGACUAUCAUAACCCCAACUGGGCCCAUCAAGCCGAAGCAUGGCGUCACAACACCAAAGAACACCUGGCAUGAGCUUGUUGUCUCACCUACGUCGCCAUACGCUAGCGCGGGUACUACUAUAACAACAGCGACAGGUAAAGCGGAUGAGAAGCUUGACUUCGAAAUGACAAUCUCGAAAACACCAACCCCACACUCACUCUAUCUACCCAAGAUGUCGAGCCGAUAUAAGAAACUAGAAAACACUCCCGAUGCCAUUAUCGAGAUCUCUCCGGAAUCAUUCGCCUACGUAUCUGACUUCGCCAUACGAAUAGGUGGUAGCAACUCUGUACCAAGCAGUCCACAACCUGCUUCCUCACCAAAUGCUCCAACCUCCAACCAAGCUUCCUUUCCAAAACCCGAACCUUCGGGUGCUGCUCUCAUUCUAGACUAUGGACCCUUGGAUACCAUACCGGCCAAUACACUACGCGGCAUCCGCUCCCAUCGCGCCGUUUCCCCAUUCGACUCACCAGGCAAAGUGGAUCUUAGCGCAGAUGUUGAUUUCGUCGCUUUGGCCGAGUCGGCACUGGGCGCCUCCCCCGGUGUUGAGGUUCACGGCCCAGUAGAGCAGAGCUUCUUUCUGUCAACGAUGGGUAUCAAAGAGCGCGCUGGCCGGCUACUAAAGGGUGCAAAGGACGAAGAGACGAGAAGAAGGCUAGAAGUAGGCUGGAGGAGGCUUAUUGAUAUAGGUCCUGAUGGUAUGGGCAAGACUUAUAAGGCUAUGGCUAUUGUGCCAUAUAAGAAGAAGGGGCCUGUACGUAGGCCGAUUGGGUUUGGGGGGGAUAUUGUUGGUUAA